ACCCACCCCCUUCUUCCUUCUCUAGUCAGACCAAACUCUCUCUCUUUCUCUUUCUUUGGUACUUUUCAUUUCUCUCUUUUUGAUUUCUGAGAGAGUUGGCAUGGAAGGAGGAGUACCUGAGGCUGAUAUCUCUGCUUUCAGAGAAUGUUUGUCUCUUUCCUGGAAAAAUCCUUAUGUCCUUCGCCUCGCUUUCUCUGCUGGAAUCGGUGGCCUUCUCUUUGGCUAUGACACCGGAGUCAUUUCCGGAGCUCUUUUGUAUAUCAGAGAUGAUUUCAAAGCUGUAGAUAGGAAAACGUGGCUACAGGAAGCUAUAGUGAGUACAGCACUUGUUGGAGCAAUCAUAGGUGCCGCAGUUGGUGGGUGGAUGAACGAUCGAUUUGGAAGGAGAAAAUCAAUCAUUGUAGCAGAUACCCUCUUUUUUAUUGGGUCAGUGAUAAUGGCUGCGGCUAUAAGCCCUGCUAUUCUCAUCGUGGGUCGAGUUUUUGUUGGCCUUGGUGUUGGAAUGGCGUCAAUGGCUUCUCCCCUGUACAUUUCCGAGGCUUCUCCCACUAGAGUUCGAGGAGCCCUUGUAGCUCUCAACAGUUUCCUCAUCACUGGUGGACAAUUUCUCUCCUACCUCAUCAACUUGGCUUUCACUAAGGCGCCUGGAACAUGGAGGUGGAUGCUGGGUGUGGCUGCUGCACCUGCUAUAAUACAAGUGGUGUUGAUGUUUACUCUCCCAGAAUCACCACGUUGGUUGUUCCGAAAGGGAAAGGAGGAGGAAGGAAAAGCAAUUUUAAGAAAAAUUUAUGCAGCUGAUGAAGUUGAAGCUGAAAUUCAAGCAUUGCGGGACUCAGUUUCUUUGGAACUGAAGGAAGCAGAGUCUUCAGGAAAGAUCAGCAUAAUCAACCUUCUAAAAACCAAAUCUGUGAGGAGAGGAUUGAUUGCAGGAAUGGGUCUUCAAGUGUUCCAGCAGUUUGCAGGAAUCAACACUGUCAUGUACUACAGUCCCACAAUUGUUCAGCUAGCUGGUUUUGCAUCCAACCAGACGGCACUACUCUUGUCCCUGAUCACUUCUGGUCUGAAUGCAUUCGGUUCAAUUGUGAGCAUAUACUUCAUCGACAAGACUGGUAGAAAGAAACUUGCUUUGUUCAGUUUGUGUGGCUGCGUUUUAGCCUUGGCCCUUCUAACUGCAACUUUUCGUGAGACUGAAACUCAUUCUCCAAUGGUUAGUCCAGUGGAGACCUCUCAUUUCAACAACACUUGCCCUAGUUUCCACACAACUGUGAAUCCUAGUGAAUGGGAUUGCAUGAAGUGUCUCAAGGCUUCACCUGAAUGUGGCUUUUGUGCAUCUGGCUCCAACAGGCUCUUACCCGGGGCAUGUUUGAUUUCUAAUGAUGCCACAAAGGGUCUAUGCCAAAAAGAUAAAAGAGCAUGGUACACAAAAGGAUGUCCUAGCAAAAGUGGGUGGCUUGCAAUAUUGGGACUUGCAUUAUACAUCAUAUUUUUCUCACCAGGGAUGGGAACAGUUCCAUGGGUUGUCAAUUCUGAAAUCUAUCCUCUAAGAUACCGUGGAAUAUGUGGAGGAAUUGCUUCAACAACAUGUUGGGUUUCAAAUCUCAUUGUUUCUCAGUCCUUUUUGUCUUUGACAGAAGGUAUUGGGACAGCAUGGACAUUCAUGUUAUUCGGAUUUGUUGCUUUCCUUGGAAUUUUCUUUGUCCUCAUUUUCGUGCCAGAAACUAAAGGUGUUCCAAUGGAGGAAGUUGAGCAGAUGCUGGAAGAAAGAGCUGUGCAUUUGAAGUUUUGGCAGAAGAGAAGUGUCCCCCAGAAGGGUUGAUUAUGUUUUAAUUAUAUGUUUGUUUAAAGAAUAAGUUUUAUUUCACAUCCCUUGACUCUUAUGCGGGAUGCGAGAUAAUUAUGGCUUCUUUAAAGAUUAAGUUGUCAAUAAUUAUAUAUAUGUUUAGAUAUUUUUUAGUUUUUGUUA